UCAAACUAGCAAAAUAUUAAUCCAACAAAUUCCAUACCACACCAUUCAUUCAAAACCAUUCUCUCUUUCUCUCUCUCUCAGACAGCUGAGAUAUCAUAUGAUGAUGAAGAUGAGCGGCAGCAGCAGCAACAACAACAAGAAGAGGGGGAGGAUUUCAAGCAGAGGUCUUGGAGGGGCACUUAGAGAGCAAAGGGCCAGACUUUACAUCAUUAAGAGAUGUGUAGUCAUGCUCCUCUGCUGGCAUGACUAGCCAAUUCACCUCUAACCCUAGCUAAUUCCAUCACCCCUGCGCCCGCGCCGGCCACCCAUCUUUCAGAUCUGGCCCCAACCGGCUGAGUCCCGCCUGUCACCACUAAGGCCUCAGCCUCGCCAGCCCCAUAUUCGGAGUUGCGUUCACUAUCAUCCCAUGUUCAAAACCAAACCAAACCAAACCAAACCAAAGGAGCAUAUGCUGAAAACUGUUAAAUCUAACUAAGAAGAAUCCUUGUAAUAAUAUAAUUAUACCCUUGAAUCUUUAUUAUAUUUUAUCUA